CCCUCAUUGAAAACACCUAGCUCACUAAGUCGCUGGUUUGCUAUUACCUGCGCUAUCUGUACUACAGUCUCAACUGAAACUCCGUACACAAGACUGAACCAACUGAAAUGAUCAUCCCUGGCCGCACUCUCCUCACCCGCGCCAUCAUCCGCAAUGUCCAGAACCCAGCUCUGCAAGUCCAACCCUGCGGCGUGGACCUCACCCUCAAACGAGUCCUUACCUGGACAUCACCUGGAACAAUCGAUCUAGACAACCACCGCCGCCAGACUGCGGCAACAAAUGAAAUCUCUUUCCCCGCAUCAAGCACCACUACUCCAGAGGAACGCUUCCUCAAUCUCCCGCAGGGAUCCUAUCUCGUCGAAUUCAACGAAACAGUGUCCGUCCCUCUCGACGUAAUGGGUCAAAUCUUCGUGCGCAGCUCACUGUUUCGCUCUGGCGUGCUACUCACCGCCGGCGUUAUGGACAGUGGCUAUGUAGGGGCAGUUGGAGCCUUGAUGCGGGUGCUGAACCCGGCCGGACUGAGGGUCUACCCAUCUGCAAGACUAGCACAGUUUGUUUUUCACCAGAUGAGCGAGGAGGUCGAGGGGUAUGCAGGUGUUUACCAGGGGAGGACGUCACUCUAACCUAUCCAACUCUGCCAUUUAAAUACUCAUCUAAGCUAUCAGCCUG